CAAAAUUCUCUUUUUUUUUUACUUUACACUUUUUUUAUGCAGCACCCCUUCUAUCUAUAUUCUUCAUUGAAGCGCGUACUCUGAAACCUCCAUUAAAGCGGAUUUUGAGCUUCCUCUCCUCCAUUGAACCAACUUCUUAGGCGAAAUGGAUGAUUCAGCAGCAAACCAGCUUCCGGAAGUGGAUUCUUUGCCUGAUGGAUUUGUUGAGAGUGCUCCAGACUCCAUAGCUCCUGUGACACCAUUGAAUGAAAAGGAAAAAUCAUUAUGUGACUACAAAGAGAAUAAUUCAGUGGAACCGGAUAGCUCAAGUGAUUUUAGCUAUGAUGCAUCACUAAAUGGGUUUGUUUCAGUUGAAGGAAAAGGUGAUAAGGUGACCAAAGUUCGCACCUUUCCAGUUCCAUUGUCUGAGAAGGAUGGUUACGAAGCUUCUGGAGAAUCUGCCAAUGUUUCUGAUGAUGGCUGCUUUGAGCAGAGAGAAGAUACGUUGGCAAUCAAAGCUGAAUCAUCUACCUCUGCUUCAGGAGGAUCUGAUUUAAGAACGAGCAGUAAUGAGAAAGAUAAAGGUCAAUCAGAAGUCCACAGCGCUGAUAAAUCAUAUCUAGGGGGAUCAGAUGUACCAAAUAAUUCAAAAGAAGCACAGUCAUCUGAGAAUCUGAAAAACCGAAAGGAACCACCUGAAGGGAGGCGUAAAAGUUCAAAGCAAACCUUCAAAACCGAGCAGGAAUUUCUGGAGUUCACUUUAAAGUAUAAACAAGUUCUUACAGAGAGAGAUGCAGCUAUUGCUGUUCGAGACAAGCUUGAGUCAUUGUGUAGGGAGUUACAACGUCAGAAUAAGAUGUUAAUGGAUGAAUUUAAAAGAGUAUCAGAGGAAGGGCAGAAUUUGAGAUCAGAUUUAUCUACCAAGUUCGAGGAUGCUAUAAAGGAUGUGAGUGUCAGGCUAGAAGAGCAGAAAGGAGAAUGCAUUUCUCAGCUGAAGGAGAAUGAAAUGCUGAGAGACAAAUUGAAGCAGCUUGCUGAACAUUACACUCAGUGUCAACAACAAUAUGCCCAGGAGCUGAAGCAAAAAUCACUAGAGCUUAAGAUUGCCGAACUGAAAGUUGAGCAAAAUGAGGAAAAAGUGGCACAUGAACAGGCUCAAAUAAAGGUAUAUGCCGAGAAAAUAUCACAGCUUUUGGAAACUGAAAAAAGUCUACGUCAACAAUUAACAGCCGACGGGGAAAAAUUUCAACAAUUUCAAGAUGCACUGCUGAAAAGCAAUGAGGUUUUUGAAACAUUUAAGCAAGAGAUUGAAAAGAUGUCCAAAUUGACAAAAGACCUGAAAAAGGAAAAUACUUUCUUGAAGAGCAAAUGUGAGAAAUCAGAUUUUACUCUUAUAGAACUCGUCGAAGAGCGGGAACGUAUGAAGAAACAAUUGGAAAAGACAAAGAACCAAAAGGAAAAGCUUGAAUCACUAUGUCGCUCACUUCAAGCUGAAAGAAAACAGGGUUCGAUUGGCUCUAGUCAAGCUGACUCUGUUCAAGUCCAAGAAUGAAUGUUGUUGCACCGACUCCUGUUUCUCAAGACUUUUACUUUGCACCCUAGAGAUACCCAGUUCACAAGUUUUUGUUGUAAAUUCCUUUUUAUUUAUUUAACUUUAUCAUUGAAUCAAGUAUCUUAUCUCCUUUGUUACUUGAAUAUGCGAAAAUGAAAAUAUAGGAUCUGUAUUUUCACCUGUCUCGUCCUGUUAACCGCCUGCUGGCUUUGAAAUUCUAUAUUUCUUUCCCUCAUAUUUGAAGACUAUCAGAUUUUUCCAACUGAUUUACCGAGAAAAUUUGGUUCAUCUUCAAUAAAGUUUCUGCUAUA